GGAGUUAAUAUGUUGAAGGCAAAUGUUAUUUUGUGGAUUUGGUCAAGAAGACAUGAUUUGACGAAGUGAAAAGUUGUUGACGAUGUUUAUGGGACGGUUAAUAAACGUUAGGAAACAGGAGGAUAAUCAUCGAAAGUUUCUUUGCGUGAUGAACGAUGUGGCAAGAAACCAACACGACUUCUACAACGCCUACAUCAAGAAAGAGCUCCAGUACAACAUUUCCCGACAGGAACGCUCCAGUGUCGCCGUCAGGAAGGCGGUGACGCAGAAAAAGAUCCUCCAAAAAUGUCUGGAGCUGAAGCGGGAAGAUACGGCGGCGUCUAAGGAUAGAAAUCUAUAUGGGCAUUACGGAGGGAAGUCCAUCCAAUCCCUCAACAAAGACAUGGAUUCUUUUCUCGCCGAGAGACAUCCUAAAAUACGCAAGAAAAAGCACCUAGACAGUGUCAUGAAGCAUAGCAAGGAGAAAGGCUUGAUUCUUGGUACGGAUAAAAUGUCGGAAAAGGUGCGGGAUUAUUUUGUUGAAAAGUGGGGUGUACAGUACCCAACACAGCAGGGUCCUGAAAAAAAGGAGCCUGUGUUUGGUGCCAAAAAACGGGAAGAACAGAAGCAAGAUGAACCAGAAAUUUCAUUAUCGGCCCUAUUCAAGCCGUCUUUCUUUCCGCAAAGAAACAAUUUUCGUAAGAGUGAUGACUUUGACGCCAGGGAUGGCGAUUUCACCAGUCGCUCGGAUCCGACGGGACACACGACAGCAGAAAAGCUCAUGUACGCGAUCCCAGGGGAAGACAAACAUUGGAACUGUAAGCGAUGUUAUCACGUGGAUAAAGUCGUGCGUACACGCAGCAGACGAGCAGUCAGUGAACAUGAACCAGAUCCUCAGGCCAAUAGACUUGUUCUGCCACAUAUACCAAGAGUGUCGUCACUGGUUCAUACACAUCGCUAGAAUACCAUUUUUCUCGUGAACACUCUAGUGACACCAUCAGAAUAGUGACCACAAUUAUUAUAUGGAGAAGUGGGCAAUUUUAUAUUUCUGUGAAACUAAGGUUAUCAAACCUGGAUAGUGGAUGAUUGAAUUGUUUAA